AUGAAUAAAGAAGUGUGUAAUAACUUCAUUUAUGUAACGACGAAAUUUCCCGAUCAAUUGGACAGUGACAGAAAGUAUUAUUUUAAUGAUGAUCAACAUUUCAAAGAGUAUUGUGAUAAUAAUAAAUGUGAUAGUGAUCUCGAAAAAGUUAAUGCUGGAUGUUUAUAUUUUUUUAAUGCUUUCUUUAAGGAUUCUUCUGUGUUUGAGUCUGUUGCAAAAAGUAACAUCGAUAUUGUUGAUUACAUUAUUCUAUGGUUAAAUUAUAUGUUAAACUUAAAGUCAAAUCAAGCAAAAAACAGUCUAAAUCAUUUUUAUACUACAUUUAUAAAUAAUGAAAGGUAUAAAAAUACUAUAAAUUAUAUUGAGGGGUAUAAUAAUUAUAAGGUUCUUAUAGAUAAAAAACAUGAUUUGACGAGUAAGGACAUGGAUAAUAAUAUUAUAUCUGAAUUAUAUGAUGCAUUUAAAUUAUUAUGUGAAAUGUAUUCUACAUUUGGUGAAAGCACGUCAAAUUGCACAAAAUAUUCGGAAAAAGCUAAACAAUUUGUUGAAAAAUAUAAAAAUUUGAAUGAAAAUUCUAAUAAUACUGAAGGCACUUCUUAUAAUAAAAUAUUGUCUACAUUAUCAACUGAUUAUAAUAAUUUAAAAAAUAAAUGUAGCAAUAUUGCAUCUUUUCCAGAGAUAAACACAUCAACAAAUACUGCAAAAAUUACUAAACAAACUUCUGAACAAACUGUGCAAAAUUCCGCACAAACAUCUGAAGUUGCAUCAUUAAGUUCGUCGAUAGGAAACAAAUUAAUUCCAGUUUUAUCGAUAUUUGGUGCAAUAGCAUUUUUUUUAGGAAUUGGAUAUAAGUAUUCAUUAUUUAAGUCUCGAAAACAAUCUCGAAAACAACACUUAAGAGAAAAACUAAAAAAUAAAGAAGAAAAUGGAUCAUUAAUAUAUGAUUUAAAAAGUAGUGAUUACUUCAGAAAUAAUAAUAAUGAUUAA